AUGCUCAACAGUACUGCCAAAGUCCCUGAUGUCAUCCUGGGCGAGGCGCGGGCCCAUGCCACCGCCUUCACUGGCAACAAGCUUGGUCCAACCAAGAAAUUCAUAGAGCAGACGCAGUACCGAUGCGUCUAUGGCCCGCGGACCACAUCUGACAAGGGCGUUGGCUGUAAGCGUGAGGGUACCUGUCACCCUGAUCGAGGAGAUGGGCUGAAGCAGGGCUGCAAGGCGUGGUUCAUCGUCAAGGUUCUGAGACAGGAGCCCAGCACGGUCGAGGUCCACUUUCUGGACGCGCCGCAUACCGGCAGGCGAGUGUACCCCGAGCUUGACCGCCACGUGGAGGGCUGUCCCUGGGUGUCCAAGAGGGCACGCCAGGUGGUCCUGGACCACUUGGCCAAGGACCCCCUCACCCAGACCAGCAGCCUGGUGGGACUCGUGCAGCAGGACAGCCUGCGGCAGGCGGGCUUGCCCCCAGGGCCACGGCUGUUGGGAGUCGAGGCCAACAGACUGGAGAUGGAUUAUCCAGACCUCUUCCGGGACUACCACAUCACGGCCAAGGACAUCAGUCUGCAGCUGAGGAUCGACGCCGCGCCUGCAGACUACUUUGGGCACCUGAGCGAGGGCGGGAGGAGGACCCUGCUCUGCUGGCAGACCCCUCGCCAGCUCGAGAUCCUGCUCAAGUAUGGACACAAGCGAGCCGUCUUUCUGGACUCUACGCAUGGCACCAACGAGAACAGGUUUGAGCUCUUCUCCCUCAUGGUCUUGGAUGACCACCAUGUGACGCACACCGUGUCCGUCGCCAUCGCUGCCCAGAGCACACACGGUCUCAUCCAUCACUGGCUUGCUGGCGUUGUGGAGAGGGCUGGGCCAGCCUGGAGGCCCUCGUGCGUGUUCACCGACCAGUCGCGGCCCCAGUACAUGGCCAUACGAGAUGCAUGGAAUGACCGGGUCCCGAUAGCCCUGUGCCACUGGCACCUGCUGCAUGACUGGGACAGGCAUCACCGCCUCUGCACAGGCAUCGACUACCCAGAGCUCCGCCGGGCGCUGGUCCGGGUGCGUGACUUGUGCCUGCCCUGGGACCCGGCGCUGGCACGGCGGGCGGCAGAGGAGGCCCUGGCCCGGGUCUGGCGAUCUCACUUCCCUGGCCAGGCCUUUGUGGACUACUUUGAGCAGAAGUGGAAGACGGCGUACCCCAUGGAGACUUGGGUGGCGGGGUUCAGGACCUACAACACCAGCGGGCAGUCCUCCAUCUGCUGCUGCGAGGGCUGGAAUGCCACCCUGAAGCGGCGGCUGGGCGCGACGCACAGCACCGCCACCGGGCGCCGAGUGGACUACCUGCUGCAGGUGCUGGAGGACCUGUGCGCCGAGGCGCACACCAAGCUGCAGCUGAACCUGCGCGGCAAGCGCCACAACAAGGCCCGCAAGCUGGCGGUGCGUGGGGCGUGCCGCGAGGCGCGGGGCGUCCCGCGCGAUGCCGUGGUCCGGCUGGCGGACGAGCCCGGUGACGUGUGGACCGUGCGCUCGCAGACGGGGGACCCGGACCUGGGCCACCGCGUGGAUGCCUCCCAGAUGCACGGCUGCUCCUGCCUCGCGUCCACCAGGGGCGCGGUGUGCGAGCACUCCAUCGCCGUCUGGAUGAGCAUCGACCCCGCGCUCACCGAGACCAGCAUCAUCCGGCACCUGGGCAGCCAUUACGGCUCCUGCAUGGGGACACUGGAGCACAUGUGGGCCCACGCUGCGGAGGCAGAGCGCAGAGGCCCGCCACCGGAAGGUAGUGGAGCUCAGACCACCAUGCGCAAGCGGGAAGCCAAGGCCGAGGCGGCAUGCACCACCCCCCGCCGCACCUGCUCCACCCCGGCCACCACCUGCCUGUCGCCCAUGACCCCCAGCCCGCAAGUCCCGUCCUUGCUCGACACGCCCAGCAGCUCGUGCGCCCAGCCCUGCCGCGACGUGGUCGCCGACUUCCCCGCCUUCCGACAGAGGGUGCAGGGUCUGCUGGACCGUGCGGAACGGCUGGAGGGAGGCCCACACUGGGCGACGCUGACGCGUGCAUACCGAGAACUGGAGGAACGACUCCUGGCGGGGGCGCACGCGCCGGUCGGUCUGCCCCCGCCCGUCAGGGGGAAAGGCUCGGGAUCGAAGCGAACCAAGUACUCCCCCCAUAAGCAUGCCAAGCGCAGGCUGCUGUGA